AUGCAAGAGGCAGUUAAAAGAAAAAUCGCAGUUGCCUUAGUACAGGAGCCCUAUAUAGGUGCGAUAGGGAAAAUGAAGGACUACCCAAGAGUGAGAGUAGUGCAGUGUCAGAAACCUCAAACAGGUGAAGUGGUAAAGGCUGCGGUGGUGAUUUUCGACGCGGAUAUUGAUAUAAUACAAUACCCGGAGAUAACCACUGCCAACACAGUGCCAAUAAAAAUAAAAACAGCAGAGGGGGGUGGCAUUGCGCUGGUCUCAUAUUACAUGGAGCCGGCCCCAAAACUCAUAGAACCUUACCUGAAACAGCUGGACGAGGUCGCUAGCAAGAUUCGGAAGAGAAUAAUCCUAGGAGGAGAUGCAAAUGCUAAGAGCCCAUGGUGGGGCAGUCCAGUGGCCGACGACAGAGGAGAAGCAUUCGAGAACGCAGUGGCUCAAAUUGGCCUGCACAUUAUAAACGAUGGACAAGAGCCAACUUUUGAAGUUACACGGAGAGGAAAGCGAAUCGCCAGCCAUCUGGACAUAACAGUAUGCUCACAAGACCUCCUAGGACACGUGGAGGACUGGAGAGUGGACCCGUACAUAGCAACCUCGGACCACAACGCCAUUCUAUUCAAAAUUAAUAUGACAAAAGCCAAAAUAGAAGUGCGAAAGGGCACGACAAGAAUAUACAAUACACGAAAAGCUAAUUGGACCCUAUUCAAAGAAUCCUUAUUAGAAAAAUUAAAUACCAAGCAUAUCACUGAACUAACUAUACAAAAUAUCAACAGUACAGACAAACUGGAAGAAACAAUAAAUUUAUACAGUGACGCGGUAAUCGCAGCAAGCGACACCGCAAUCCCCAAGAUAAAAACAGGGUCAAAGCCUGGUCUGGCGUGGUGGACCGAGGAACUAGAGCGGCUUAAAAAACGGGUUGUCACAAUGAAGAGAAGAAUUAGAUGGGCAGCCGAGUGUAGAAGACAAAAAGUAAUUAACGACUACCUUGAAGCAAAGGAAAACUAUGAAAAUAAGGCAGAGGAAGCACAAACGCAAAGCUGGAAACAAUACUGCCAGAAACAGGAGCGAGAAACCAUGUGGGAGGGAAUAUAUAGGGUUAUUAGAGGCACGGAAAGAAGGAAAGACGACAUACCACUCACGGACAAGGGAAAGCAACUAGAUGAAAAACAGUCGGCUGAACUACUCGCAAAAACAUUCUUCCCAGAGGAUGACACAAGAACUGAAGACGAUGGGCAUAGAAAAAUCAGAGAAAAAGCAGAAACAGUAAAUGAAGGGGAGCAUGAUGCAAACCAUGAUCCCCACUUUACAAUGAAAGAACUCACAAACGCCGCCCAAAGCUUCAACCCAAGGAAGGCUCCUGGAGAAGACGGCAUAACGGCAGACAUAGGCCUGAACGCAAUAACUGCAGCUCCGGGUCUAUUUCUCGCCAUAGCUAAUAAAUGCCUAGAGCUGGGAACCUUCCCUGAAAAGUGGAAGAAAGCGACAAUAGUGGUCUUGAGGAAGCCGGCAAAAGCUAACUACGAUAACCCAAAGUCAUAUAGGCCCAUUGGACUGCUUCCAGUGAUGGGGAAAAUAUUUGAGAAAAUGGUCGUCGAGCGCCUGAAAUGGUACCUAGUACCGAAAACAUCAAAACACCAAUUCGGAUUCAUGCCCCAACGCAGUACGGAAGACGCUCUCUACACCGCGGUUAAUCAUAUACGCAGAAAGCUGAUACAGAAAAAGAUACUAACGGUGGUGUCGUUGGACAUAGAGGGCGCCUUCGAUAGCGCAUGGUGGCCUAUGAUUAGAGUCCGACUGGCGGAAGAGAAAUGCCCUCGUAAUAUAAGGAAAAUCAUGGAUAGCUACCUGAUGGACAGAAAAAUAAAACUAACUUAUGCAGGCCAGACGGUAGAAAGAGACACGACAAAGGGGUGCGUACAAGGAUCGAUCGGCGGACCCAUACUCUGGAACCUUUUAUUGGACCCACUCCUCAGAGAGAUACAAGAGACAGGAGUACACGUCCAGGCCUUCGCAGACGACAUACUCCUGAUAUCAGAAGGGGAAACGGGGCAAGAUAACCAAACCAAGCUAAACAAGGUUCUGGCUCGUGUAUACGAAUGGGGUUCCCAAAACAAGCUCCGGUUUGCGCCUCACAAAACCAAAGCAAUGGUUGUGACGCGCAAACUAAAAAUACGAUGA